CCUUGUUCAUACGUCCCCAUAACGUCUCAGAUUUCUCUUCCUCAGACAGUUCUUCUUCAUCAAACCCUACCGAUAUAUACACACAUACACAAAAAACUGCAAUCCUUUUAAAGAAACCCUUCUGUUCAAUCAUCCACCAAUGGCCAAAGUCGGGAAGUUGACGAAGCUCAAGUCGGCAAUGAAGAGAUGGCCGUCGUUCACAAAGACCCACCACUCCGCCUCCGCCUCUGCCACCGUUUCCGGCGACUCCUCCGGCGUGGAGCUCCCGAAGGGAAACGGCGGCGAUAAUCUCCACGUGGUUUACGUAGGGAAGUGUCGGAGACCGUACGCGUUGAGCUCCGACAUCAUCGGACACCCACUCUUCCAAGAACUCGUGGAUCGGUCUUCAAGAUUCGCCGAGCACGAUCGAGAGAUCGUUGUCGCCUGUGAAGUUGUCCUGUUCGAGCACUUGCUUUGGAUGCUCAAGAACAUCAACUGCUCCCAUGGAGAUGGUCAUGAUGGAUUCGGAGGAGGAUCCAUGGAAGAAUUGGCUGAGUUCUACACUUAUUAACCGUAUUACUAUACGUUUAAUUCAUAUAAUAACCCUCUUUGAGGAUUUGAUAUUGUAUUCGAUCGUUACACGCGAUCUCAAAACGUGUCAUUAAUUUGCUGUUUUUUUCGAGCAAUCUCGAGAUUUGAACUCUGAGAAAAAAGAGGAUCAAUGUGGAAAGGAUUUCUCACGGUUUGAAUUGUUUAAAGAAAAAAAAAGAGAGUUAUUUUAUAAUCUUUGUAUGUUCAUCCAAUUUUUUUUAUAUA